AAGAAGAAGAAGAAGAAGAAGAAGAAGAAACCAUAAAACUUUAAAACUUUACGAAGAAGAAGUCAUAAAACCUUACGAAGAAGAAGUACAGUCCAUCGGAAUAAGUCGUGUUUCUGCUACUUAACACGCCUCCUGACAUCGUCUUUUUUCUUACUGUCUACAGGAGCAGGCAGGAUGUCUGUGACCGUGACCAAGGCUGAUGGGGUGACUGUGUUCACUAUGACCUCUGACCCACAAAGUCCAUGGCCUCCACUGUGCCAAAUCCUCAAGGGCCUUUGCUACAACCCUGUGUGCUGCUCUGUGUCUCAGCGCCUGAGGAGGGUCCAGACUUCUCAGUCAGUACUGGGGGCUCUGCAGAUCAUGAUCGGGUUGCUCAACAUCGGCUUUGGCGCGAUCCUCUGUGCCAGUCGAGGUGGCUCUUCGUGGGAAAUGGAUUUUACCUGGUUUCCUUUUUGGUUAGGAGGAUUGUUUAUGUUAUUUGGCACCAUGAACAUUUUGUCUGAGAAGUAUUCAAGUCCAUGUCUGGUCAUCCUCAAUGCGAUUCUGAAUCUAGCAGGAGUUGCUUUUGCCAUUACAGCUAUCGUACUCUACAGCAUCAAUAUAGCAGAUAUCUAUUUUUGGUGGAUGUGUAAUGAUGGCUAUUAUGACUACACUACGCCAAGUCCAUCUUCUGAGGUGAUCAUCUUGAAGGAGAAAUGCUUGGAGGGCAAGGCACUUGUUCUGAUGCUUACAAGAAGCAUCAAUGCUGUGCUGAUCGUCCUGUCGACCCUGGAGCUCUGCAUCGUCAUCAGCUCUGCCGUCUUGGGGAUCAAGGCUCUGAGCAGCAUUAUGAAGGGAGAAAUCAAGAGCAUUGAUGAACCAGAAUACUACAAACCACUUCUGGAGGAAGUCACCAGUAACCCUACAGCCUAAAUGACAAUAUUUGCUUUGUGCUAUUAGUUACCAGGAUCUACAAUCCUGUGCAUUUAUACCAUUGACUGUAUGUACUGUAAUGUCAAUGAUUUACACAAAUUUAGCUGGUACGGUCUCUGCCAAACUUCUGGUCUUUUCCUACAAGGGUUGUUUAAACAUAUUUGCGCUUUAUGUUUUAGAGUAUUUUUGGUAAUCUGCACUAAAUUGUAUAUGCUGCUGUCCAUUUCUUUCUCUGUUGUUCCCAUUGAUUAUGAUUUUCUAUCGAGUCAUGUGCCUUACGGUCAGUAUGUUUGUAAGUAAAAGGGAGGUUCAUGUAUGUGUCUGUGACAUUGAUUGACUGUUUUGCUAUUUUUCAAUAUUAAGCCAUUUAAAAUAAAUAAAUAAAUAAAUAAAAUACUUAAAUAA